CAGUCAUUCGACGAUAGAAUGCGGGUUUGUUUCUGAAAAUAAGGGUGGUUCUGUUUUGAGUACAGUAAUGAGUGAUUCGUUUUAUAUUUGUGUUUUGGUUGAAAAUGGAAAAUGUGCUUUUUCAUUGGUACAUGUGUGACUUAAAAUUUUUAUCCUAAGCUUUAACUAUCGCAGUAAUUUAUCACGCCACUUGACUUAUCAUAACUAAGUCUAACACUGUUUGAUUUAUAGUUAUUUUCUAUCUUUAAUUUUCAUUGUUUUUUAUUUGUGUGCUAUGUCAAAGAGUUUACACACCCAUUAGUGAGUAGUGUAGAAUGUCAGGUGACCAUAAAACGGUAAUAAAAGGAAAUCCAUCUCAGUACGUUAAAUUAAAUAUAGGUGGAUCUUUGCACUAUACCACGAUUGGAACAUUGACCAAACAUGACACCAUGCUUAGAGCGAUGUUUAGUGGAAGGAUGGAGGUAUUGACUGAUUCUGAAGGUUGGAUACUGAUAGAUCGUUGCGGAAAACACUUUGGAGCAAUAUUGAACUUCCUUCGAGACGGAUUAGUGCCGCUGCCGGACAAUUGUAAAGAGAUGGCGGAAAUGCUUGCGGAAGCCAAGUACUAUUGUAUAGCAGAGCUGGCCGGAGCCUGUGAACAGGCAUUACUAAAGAAAGAGAGAGAGGCAGAGCCUAUCUGCCGAGUACCCCUUAUCACUUCACAGAAAGAGGAGCAGUUGUUGAUCAACUCAACACCCAAGCCAGUCGUGAAGCUCCUAAUAAACAGACACAACAAUAAAUAUUCUUACACAAGCACUUCGGACGACAACCUACUUAAGAACAUCGAACUGUUUGACAAACUGUCGCUGCGGUUCAGUGGGCGGGUCCUCUUCAUCAAGGAUGUGAUCGGGUCCAGUGAGAUCUGCUGCUGGAGUUUCUAUGGACACGGCAAGAAAGUGGCAGAAGUGUGCUGCACCUCUAUAGUGUAUGCCACCGACAAGAAACAUACCAAAGUUGAGUUCCCUGAAGCCAGGAUCUAUGAGGAGACCUUGAACAUAUUGUUGUACGAGAAUCGCAAUGCUCCGGAUCAGGAGCUGAUGCAAGCCACGUCCACCAGGGGCGCUGUCGCAGGCAUGUCCUCCUACACAAGUGAUGAGGAGGAGGAGAGGUCGGGAUUGGCACGACUGCGCUCCAACAAACAGAAUAACCAGUGAGCGACCAGACAAAACUGCAGAAACUAGACCAAGUGUACUAGUGAACUGGGGUGUGCAAAAUAUGGUCCUGUCCCUACUGAUAAUGGACAUUUGUGACGUGAACAAUGUUUAUGAAAUGUGACUAAACACUUUGGAACCGCAAGAAACUAAUUCCUUAAUUUUAUUUGUGACGACAAUUUUCUUCCUUGUUUCAAUAUAAGAUUUUAUCACCCUCAUGAGCUGACCGUUUCCCUAAUUUGUGGACAGUUGUCAUACAACUUACUAACGAGUGAAUGAUAAAUCUGUUAUUAAUGAUAAAUGUCCAGUACAACUGGUAUCAGAUAUUCUUAUCUGAUUGGCUGCGAAUUGUGAGGAUCCGUGAAGAGUUUUGGUGUAAUGUGCAUUCCUUGUGUCAUUGUAUUAUUCAGUUUUUAAAUGUAUAGCGUUUUUUCCACACAAAAUGUUUUUUAACCACAAUAUUGUUUUGUUCAGUCGUUUAAUUGUACCUAUACUGAUGUAAGAUGUCUUUUAUUAAGUAUUCUGUAUAUAGAUCCCUGCACUAGAUAACAUUUUCUCAACUUUUAUUAACGUCAGGGGAGACUCAUUUGUCUGACGGACCGUGUGAAGUUGUUAUCACUGUUUAUUGUGAAGCGAGUUGAAUUCAGUAAAUUAAGCGUAAUGUAAUAUACAAUAACAUAACAUUAAGUGUAGUAUUCAAUAAAAUAUUUAUAUUGUUAAUUUGUGAGUCGCAAAUCUGUGGAUCACAAACAAUGGCUGUGAUUGACAAUUAUUAGUUCUUUGCAGAAAAAUUGUCAAUGUUUAAAGUUUAAAUUUGUGUUAGUCUAUACAUCCUGGCAGAAACCGAUUACUUUCUGGCAACUGUUCAAUUAAUUAUUUUUAGUUGAAAAAUAAUCUGACUGUUUGAAUAAAUUAAAUUAUUUUCAAUUAUAAUAGAAUAUGUAUAAAUUAUGAAUAAAUUAAAGAGUUUAGCUUGAAUUUGUAACCACUAUUUGCCUAUUUAUGAUAACUCAGAAGUAAGUCAGGAUGAUUAAUUUUCUAAUUUCUUUAAGAAACAAUGUUGUCUAUUUAAACAAAAAAUUAUAAAUGGCAUAACAGUUUUUCCAAGUGUAUAGAAUAAAUUGGAUGUAUAAUAAGAGUUUAUUUCUAAUUUAUUCUAUAAUGCCGCACCAGUUUAUACCCUAAUUUCUUGAUGUAAACAGUAAAAGAUUUUCAUGACGGCACAUUGUUGCAAACAGUUUAAUUUAUGAGUUUUAAGAUUGCAAGCCUUUUUCCUUGUCAUGGGUAAGAUGAUUUAUUGAUGCAUAUUCUGCCCUGUACAGACAUACUCACAAUGUGAGGAAUUAAGUUAUUGUUUAGAUAUCUUCUAUUACUGCACUGCACAGAGAGUAAGAGACAGUUCUGCCACCACAACAGCAUGGUAUCAAACCACACAAAUCAAAUUUCUUGAGUUUGUAUUGGAAUGUGUCACACAUGUGCUCCCACACAGCUGAGAGGUGCAGAGCUGCUGGAUAUGGGCCAAUCAAACUACGCCCAAGACCACAAUUCUCUCUCAUUGUAUGACAUUUUUUACAGACAGUGAUGAUAUUAUGCCUCCUUUAUUCAUCUCUAUCAAAUUUUCUGUUGCCACCUUCACAUUGUGAACGUAACGUGUAGUGCCUCAUCACUUACAUUUGUAUUGCCUGUGCAUCUUCAUCUCCUGAUAACGCUUGCUCUUCAACUCGUUAGUCAUGCAUUAGAAUCAUACAUAACAUUGUUUUUCAUUAAGCAACAGAUUAACGAUAAUUUAAAUUUAAUUUCAAACAUCAUUGUAAUCUUAAAGUAUACUCAAUCACUAUGUAUAAUAUAAUAUAGGCUAAUGCCUAAUGUCAAUAUUGAAUUUCUUCAAUUGUUUUUUGUUCCAAUAUAUUUGUACGGCAAAACAAAAUAAAAAUGUGAUUUCAAAUUGAAAUGUAA